AUGGGUCCUGACGGGCUUGUCAACUUUGAUAGUUCUGAUGCGAGUGGCGUGUUGCAAGCUACGGGGCCGAUUUGGCUGGGACGACUUUUUUAUGCUUUUGGCAUUGGCGAGAGACAUCGCGCCGACCUGAUUCCACUAGGAGACUCCGUUGUUUCAAGGGUCAUCCUUCUGAACUGGGUAUCCGCGUCAUUUGGGACUUUGAGUCUUGGAUUCGCAAAGGCAUCUAUCGCAUCACUCCUGUUGGCUAUCCUGGGCCCGACAAACUGGUUCUGGCAUAAGUUGUACCUGGCGAGCGUUGGUGUUGGGCUUGCUCUUCUUGUUGCCGUGUCCUGCGCAAUCCUCAGCCUGGUCCAAUGCUCACCCCCUGCUGCCCUUUGGGACAAUACGAUUCAAGUAAAAUGUAUUGGAUCUAAUGUGAUGGCGGACUACGUGAUUUUUACGAGCUGGCUGCGAUUUGCUCCGCCGUAA